AUGGCUCCAGUCUACGAUAAAUUCGUUUGCGUCGACGAUUGGGCUCAAAAUGCCAGGAAAACUUGGACAACAAACACCAAAUCAUACUAUGAAAGUGGAGCAGACUCUGAAGAAACACUCGCUCUAAACCUCACAUCCUUCAAACAAUGGAGAAUAAGACCUAGGAUAUUACGAGACGUAUCCAAAAUCGAUACCAAAACGUCCAUUCUCGGGUACCCAAUAUCCAUGCCAAUAUGCAUCGCACCCUCAGCAAUGCAACGGUUGUGUCAUGACGAAGGAGAGCUAGCAACUUCACGAGCUGCAGCAAGGAGUAAGACGUGUAUGGUGCUGUCUACGUACUCGACACGAUCUUUGGAAUCGGUUGCUGCCGCGUCAGAAGACAUACUGCCUUCUGCACUCAAAUUCUUCCAGCUUUAUGUGUAUAAGGAUCGACGCAUUUCUGAGACUCUGAUUCGACGUGCUGAAGCCUCAGGUUACAAAGCAAUCGUUCUUACCGUGGAUUCUCCUUUAUUGGGUCGACGGCUGUCAGAUCUGAGAGUCAAAUUCAACCUACCACCUGAAUACACUCUCGAAUCCUUCGACGGAAUCAACAUCAACCCAGCAGAAGGAACCCAAACAUGGACUCAAGUGCUAUCAAGCACCAGCGACACGACGUUGAAUUGGGAGACGGAUAUAGAUUGGAUUAAAAGUAUCACCAAGUUGCCUAUUGUCAUAAAAGGAAUACUGACUGCUGAAGAUGCAUUGUUGGCUGCUCAUCAUGGCAUAUCAGCAGUCUACGUAUCAAACCACGGUGGUCGACAACUGGACUCAACACCAUCAGCAAUGGAAGUACUUCCUGAAAUCGUUCAGGCACUCAAAGGCUCAAAUGUAGAAGUGUAUGUCGAUGGAGGUGUCAGGAAGGGUAGUGAUGCUUUCAAGUGUCUUGCUUUAGGAGCUCGCGCUGUAUUUAUAGGCCGCCCAGUGCUAUACGGUCUCUCUGCAGGAGGCGAAGACAGCCUCGUUGCCCUAAUCAACAUCUUGCGUACCGAACUGGAAUUGACAAUGGCACUUGCCGGUACACGAAAUAUCAGUGAAAUCACACCGGCGCUUGUUCGUCAUGAACGUGAUUUCAUUCCUAGAUUAUAA